UUAUUCACGUAAUAACACAUUUCGCGCCAUUGCAAGUAGUUCUCAUUGUACGUUAUAUUAGCUGCAACACGUAUGAAAACUCGAUCAGUUUGAGUGUUAGUUAAUAAAUAUAUGAAAAUUGCAUAUAAUGGAACUUUCAGAUCAGCAAGUUGAUGAUUCUUCCUUGUCAUUAGAUACGAAUUAUUUACAAAUCUCGUGCAACUGGAAAAUCAGCAAUAAUAAACAGCUUCGUGAUGCUUUCACAUUAGAAGCUUCGUCUCUAAAAUUUAUGAAAACUAACUUCGAAGACAUAGUUUCUUUAAGUACAUGUAUAUCUUUACAACCAAUUGAAUCCAACAAUGAACCAUGUAUGCUAGAUGUAAGAUUAACUAAUGGGCAGAGAAUUUCCCAGAUUGCUGUAGUUUCUGAAGCUUAUGUAUUAGAAUUUUUCAAACAAUUUGGGGAAUAUGAAACAACAAAGUUUGCUGAAUUUGUAGAUGAAUUUGAAGACAAUUCAGUCUACUUUGCAGAGACAGCAAUUUUUCCACAUGCUACAGAAGCUAGCAUUAAGUUUACAAAAACAAAAAGUAAAAAUUCAGUUAUGUGGAUAUAUGGUAUAAAGCUCUAUGUAACAGAGUCAAUUAAUGAACCUAAGAGUUUUUCCACAGAAAUAUUUAAUCCUGAAAUAAUAAGAAAUUUCUUAACUAAACUUAGUUUUAACAAUGAAGAGAACAAUAUCACGAAUGAUGUUCAGUCAUGUUACAUGAAUAUUUUGAAUUUAUCAAAAAAUAAAGGUGUUCAGAAAAACAAUGAAGAAGAAGUGGCACAAUCUGCGAUUGAUAGCACUGUGUCAAAUAAUAUAGAUAUUGUGACAUAUAUUGAUAAGAAAUUUGAAGAUAUGGAAGGAAGAUUAAUGAAAAAAAUUGAUGAAAUGGAACAAAAAACAAAUGAAAAACUUGAUACUAUUUUAAGACAAUUAGAAACUCGAUGUAGUGUCAAGUGACCUUUCAUUUAUAUAAUUUAAAAGCAUAUUUGUAAAUAAUGACAAUAUAUAUUUAAUUCUGUAUGGAAUAUAUAUGUAAAAUAUACACAUAUAAAA